AGCUCCAACCAAAGGGUGGAAGUGAGCACAUAAAAAGAGAUCUGUUGACCGCAGGGAAGAGUUUAGGAGAACAAGUUAGACGAGGAGCAUUAUGGACUUUUCUGCAACAGUGAUCUUGGCGGGGCUAAUCGUAACUCUGCUGUGGCUGUUCAGGGUCAAAAACAAAAGUAAUUAUAAACUGCCUCCUGGACCCACUGCUCUGCCUGUCAUAGGAAAUUUGCCACAGCUGCAAAAAGAUGCACCUUUUAAAAGCUUUUUCAAGUUCAGUGAGACCUAUGGACCUGUGAUGACAUUUUACCUGGGCUGGCAGCGGACGAUUGUUCUGGUCGGAUACGAUGCAGUGAAAGAGGCUCUGGUGGACCAGGCGGAUGACUUCACAGGCAGAGGUCCACUGCCAUUUCUGAUGAAAGCGACCAAAGGCUACGGUUUGGGAAUCAGUAAUGGGGAGCGUUGGCGCCAGCUGCGACGCUUCACCCUGACAACCUUAAGAGACUUUGGGAUGGGACGCAAGGGGAUGGAAGAGUGGAUCCAGGAGGAGAGCACCCACCUGAGAGCCCGGAUAGAUACAUUUAAAGCCAAACCAUUUGACCCCACGUUCUUGCUGAGCUGCACCGUAUCCAAUGUGAUCUGUGCUCUGGUGUUCGGUGAACGCUUCGAUUAUGAUGACAAGCAGUUCUUGAACCUGCUCAGCAUCAUAGCUGAUGUUUUAAGGUUUAACAGCAGCCCUAAGGGUCAGAUGUAUAACAUCUUCCCCUGGCUCAUGGAGCAUCUGCCCGGCCAGCAGCACAAGGUUUUUGCUCAGAUUGAGGAGUUGAGAGGGUUUGUCAAAACGAAGAUCCAAGAGCACAAAGAGACACUGGAUCCCAGCUCCCCAAGAGACUUCAUCGACUGCUUUCUCAUCCGAAUGAAUCAGGAAAAGGACAUACCUACAAGUGAGUUCCAGUUUGAAAACUUAGUCGCCACAGUGCUUAAUCUAUUCCUGGCAGGGACAGAAACCACCAGCUCCACCAUCAGAUAUGCCCUCAGCGUGCUGAUCAAAUACCCCAGCAUUCAAGAGAAAAUGCAGCAGGAGAUCGACAAUGUGAUUGGACAAAAUCGUGGUCCCAACAUGGAGGACAGGAAGUCCCUCCCCUUCACAGAUGCAGUCAUUCAUGAGGUGCAGCGUUUUCUGGACAUUGUCCCCUUAAGCCUCCCUCACUACGCACUCCAGGACGUCUCUUUCAGGGGUUACACAAUCCCCAAGGACACUAUUAUUAUUCCCUUGUUGCACUCUGUGCUAAAAGAAGAAAAGCAAUGGGAAACGCCUUGGUCCUUCAACCCCAAGCACUUCUUGGACCAGAAUGGCAACUUUAGCAAAAAUCCUGCAUUCCUGCCAUUUUCUGCAGGAAAGAGAGCCUGUGUUGGGGAGUCUCUUGCUCGUAUGGAGCUUUUUAUCUUCAUGGUGUCUCUGCUGCAGCGUUUCAACUUCUCCUGCACUGAAGGUCCUGACAGUAUAAACCUCGUUCCAGAGUUCAGCGGCUUUGCCAAUUUGCCUCGCAGGGACCUGAUCAUAGCCACGACGCGGUGAAAAGAGGAGCUUCACUCAGAUAUUGUCAUUGAUUCAGUCACUCAUAAACACAUCUAUGUGACAUAAUUUGCUUUACUUUUAUGCAGAAAUGUUUGGUUGAAUGUUCAUACUUGUUGUAAACCUGCCUGUUAAAGUAGACAGACCCAUCAGGCUGAAAAUGUAAUGGAAAGCUUCAUUCCAGGCGUGAAUUUGUUUUGCCUUUUCUCUUACAGUGUAUUUAUUUUUGUUUUUAUAUUAAUCCUGUUUUGCUUUCUUGCACAACAAAAAAUGAGAAUGAACUCUAUAAUAAAAUUGCAACAUGGCUGCCAUAA